AUGCGCCAUGCCGGGGGGACGCUUUCAUCUUCGCCCGAACAACGUCAGCCUACCAACCGACUAUCGUCCCCUGCUCAACACCACUCCCUUCCACCGCCCGCUGCCCACACGAGGCCCACCAGCGCCCAGCCGACCACAGUCUCCUUCCUCGCCGGCCGUCCCGAAGCAGAGUCUGCGCCGUCUGCAUCUCCAUCGGGGAGGGCCAAAUCGAAGUUCCCACUCUUCUGGAAUCCCAGAUCACCGCGCAGACAGACGCGAGAGACCCAACCACGGCCAGCGCUCCGCCAGCUGCUUCGUCUGCGGCGUGUAUCUGCCGGCUCGCCUGAUGUCAAGCCGUGCUGCGGGGACGGGGAGAGCGUGAGCGGCCCGCUCUGA